AUGGGAGAGUGGAUCGUUGGAGCUGUUAUUAACCUCUUUGGCAGCAUUGCCAUCAACUUUGGGACUAACCUCCUUAAAGUGGGUCAUAAUGAGAGAGAAAGGCAUUCAGUUAUGGACAGUGAGGGCGCGAGUGUGAAGAUUCCUUUGAAGUCUGUGAUGGACUUCCAGAGUUGGAGGGUUGGUGUUGUGGUUUUCUUUCUUGGAAAUUGUCUCAACUUCAUUUCAUUUGCUUAUGCUGCCCAGUCACUUCUUGCCGCCCUUGGGUCUGUUCAAUUUGUGUCCAACAUAGCAUUUGCGUACUUCGUUUUCAACAAAAUGGUGACUGUCAAAGUGCUUGUUGCCACCGCCUUUAUAGUCUUGGGAAAUGUUUUCCUUGUAGCCUUUGGGAACCACCAAUCUCCAGUGUUUACUCCGGAGCAGUUGGUGGAGAAGUACAGCAACAUUACAUUUCUUUUCUACCUUUUGUUUCUAAUCCUUAUUGUUGUCGUUCAUCAAUACAUUUACAGGAGAGGAGAGCUUAUGUUUGCUGUCUCAGGACAAGACCUUAGACCACAUUGGAAAACAUUACUUCCUUUCUCCUAUGCUGUAGUUUCAGGUGCAGUUGGAUCAUGCUCAGUGUUGUUUGCAAAAUCUCUGUCUAAUUUGCUGAGAUUGGCCAUGUCUAGCAGUUAUGCAUUGCACAGCUGGUUCACUUACUCUAUGCUUCUCUUAUUUCUUAGUACUGCGGGUUUUUGGAUGACAAGGUUGAAUGAAGGACUUGCCCAGUUUGAUGCAAUAUUAAUUGUUCCUAUGUUUCAGAUAGUGUGGACUUUCUUCUCUAUCUGUACAGGAUUUGUUUACUUCCAGGAGUAUCAGGUUUUAGAUGCUCUGAGAACAACAAUGUUCACACUUGGAAUGAUGUGUGUCUUCGUGGGCAUCUCUCUGUUGGCCCCUGAUGAGCCAAAAAGCGGUGAGGUCAAGGGAACUUCGGUUCUGGUUUCAGUUGUUUCUUCAAGUGAAUCUGACAGGUUUGUAGUCUCGGCAGAAGAGGGGCAAGAUAAGGGGAAAAGGUCGCUUGUGCAGGGAAUGGUGGUGAGGAUAGCCGAGAUAGUGUCAAAGACAAAGACUGCUUGUUCUAUGUCGCUUGGUCUUGGGGAAGAUUCAAUUAAUGCAUCAGCAGUCCUUGUUAUGCCAAUGGUGUCAUCGAAGAUAACAGGGUUCAGAGGGAGUGUGUUUGAUAGGCCAAAGGUUUUCUCAUUGAGGACUGCUGGGUGGAGCAAGAUCUCGAUGGAUGAAGAUGGAAUUAAAGAAGUGCCCGACGCAAACCUCGAGCUUCCUCAAACCCUUUGA